AUGUCUCGUCAACACGAAAGACCAUCCUCAACCAUUACCAUGCUCACAGACAUUGCAAUAAACACACCACGUCCAUACACAAGGACCAUUGGCAUCAACGGUCAACUUCGAACUCGAUCAAUGCCCAUCGACGAUAGAAUCCAGCGAAGCUUCGCGACUCAGACAUGGCCGCGCGCAAACAAGCAGAGCCGCGACGACAGAGAGCUUGCAGGUGUAAGCAAGAGCAGAGAAGAUGAGCUUGUCAGCUUCACUGGAACCUGGAUCCCGCCGAGCAAGUAG